CACCUCUCUGGCGAAGGUGGAGGGGAAGCAGGAGGCCAUCAGGUGGCAAGAGCUGGGCCUGGACCUCACACCCGACACAGAAGCACACUCUGCCUCCUCGGGGGCCAUGGACUGACAGGUAGCACACACCGAGGGGCUCGUCUAUCCCCAGAGGUGCAGGGCCGUAAGAGCUGCGGCAUUCACCAUGCUGGCCCGGGGCAGUGGCCCCGAGCAGAGGACCAGGCUUGCCCUGCAGUGGAGGCAGAUCUCCUGGAUUGCCUGCUGGAUCACCCUGUAUGCUGUGGAGGCCCUCCCUGCCUGCCCAUUCUCCUGUAAGUGUGACAGCCGCAGCCUGGAGGUGGAUUGCAGUGGCCUAGGCCUCACCAUGGUGCCCCCAGACUUGCCUGCUGCCACCCGAACCCUCUUACUUUUGAACAAUAAGCUGAGUGCCCUGCCAAGCUGGGCCUUUGCCAAUCUGUCCAGCCUCCAGCGGCUGGACCUAUCUAACAACUUCCUGGACCAGCUGCCCCGGUCCAUUUUCGGGGACCUGACGAAUCUUACGGAGCUGCAGCUGCGCAAUAACAGCAUCAGGACCCUGGACAGGGACCUGCUGCAGCACUCGCCCCAGCUCCGCCACCUGGACCUGUCCAUCAACGGUCUGGCCCAGCUGCCCCCUGGCCUUUUCGAUGGACUCCCAGCUCUGCGCUCUCUGUCACUUCGCUCCAACCGUCUGCAGAACCUGGACCGGCUGACGUUUGAACCCCUAGCAAGCCUGCAGCUGCUGCAGGUUGGGGACAACCCAUGGGAGUGUGACUGUAACCUGCGUGACUUCAAGCACUGGAUGGAAUGGUUCUCCUACCGAGGGGGGCGCCUGGACCAGCUUGCCUGUACCCUACCCAAGGAGCUGAGGGGGAAGGACAUGCGUGUGGUCCCCAUGGAGAUGUUCAACUACUGCUCCCAGUUGGAGGACGAGAAUAGCUCAGCUGGGCUGGAUAUUCCUGGGCCACCCUGCACCAAAGCCAGCCCUGAACCCGCUAAGCCCAAGCCAGGGGCUGAGCCCGAGCCCGAGCCCAGCACAGCCUGCCCCCAGAAGCAGAGGUAUCGGCCGGUGAGCGUGCGGCGGGCCAUUGGCACAGUGAUCAUCGCGGGGGUUGUGUGCGGCAUUGUCUGCAUCAUGAUGGUGGUGGCUGCUGCCUACGGCUGCAUCUAUGCCUCCCUCAUGGCCAAGUACCACCGGGAGCUCAAGAAGCGGCAGCCCCUAAUGGGGGACCCGGAGGGUGAGCAUGAAGACCAGAAGCAGAUCUCUUCUGUGGCAUGAGAGCCCAGCCCCACAUGGCCUAGGGACACCAGCCCAGAGGCCUUGAAGCAGCAUGUGUGGAUGGCAGCCUCCAGAGAGCCCAGGCACAUACCACUGGGCGUUUCUUCAGCACUAAGGACAUCACCACUGCCAGGCCCCAUGGGGACACCCACCAAUUCCACUCCUAUAGCCUGCAGCCCAAGAACCAUUGCUCUGUACCCUUCCCCCUCCCAUCUCCCCAUCUUCAGCAGCUCUAGGCCUGGGACACCGGGGUGGGUCCUGGAUCAUGAUGGUGGGAUCUCAAGGAAGCUUACUGCCUGCCAGAAGACCGCAAGCAGACUCCAGGAGCAGGGCGAGGGCUGCAUGUUCUGCCCAGAGGCUUCAGGGGGUGGGGUUUUGUGCACUUAGGGGGCUUCCUGGAGUUUUUAAUUGCACCUGGACUGCGCUCCAAACCAGAGUAUGGGCCAGGGUCCUGUUUGUUACCAGCCUACACCAUAGGGGCAGCAGGUGAGAAGUUGGCUAUGUGGGGAUUUGGGGGUCACUAGUCCCCUUUUAUAGGUCGGCCCCCUACAGAGGGAGUUCUGGGUUUCCAUCUGUUGGAUACCAGUUUUCCCAUGGCUUAUCAAGAGUCAGGAGGCAUCAGGCUGGUUUCUGGUCUUGCUGGUGGCCCAGGAAGAGGCCUCCAGAACAUGAAGGCCAAGGGUCUGAGGAAGGACAGGGCAGGACAGGGUGGCCCACCUUGCCGUGCACCCCCCAAUUCUUCCACCUCAUGGAGGAUCAUGGUAGGUGAAGGGGGCAGGCUUGGGGGGUCAGGUACUGCCUCUGAAAAAGGCCAGCCGAGGCCUCAGUGCAGCUGCUGAAUAUGCCUCCCCGAGUCUGGGGGCAUAGUCUUCCUUCUUUUGGCUUUCCAGUUGAUACCUGAUCUAGGAAUUUU